GUGGCAGGCAACGUCGACUGGUUGUCUGCAGGCAAAGAUGGCGGUGCGGAAGAAAGACGGCGGCCCGAAUGUAAAAUAUUUUGAAGCGUCUGACACCGUUUCCCAGUUUGAUAAUGUCCGCGUCUGGCUGGGAAAGAAUUAUAAAAAGUACAUCCAGGCUGAGCCUCCCACUAACAAAUCUCUGUCCAGCCUGGUGGUCCAGCUGCUCCAGUUCCAGGAGGAGGUUUUCGGCAGACAUGUCAGCAAUCCUCCCCUCACAAAGCUGCCGAUGAAAUGUUUCCUAGACUUCAAGUCAGGCGGGGCUCUGUGCCACAUUCUGGCUGCUGCCUACAAGUUCAAGAGUGACCAAGGAUGGCGCAGGUUUGACUUCCAGAAUCCGUCGAGGAUGGACCGAAAUGUGGAGAUGUUCAUGACCAUAGAGAAGUCCUUAGUGCAGAACAACUGUCUGACUCGACCCGUCAUCUACCUGAGCUCUGACAUAGAACCAAAGCUGCUCGGAAAACUGAAAGACAUCAUCAAAAGACACCAGGGCUCCGUGACUGAGGACAAAACCUCCAGCUCCCACAUUGUGGUGCCUAUUCCUUCCAGUCUGGAGGAAGAGGAGUGGGUGCGUCCUGUGAUGAAGAGAGACAAGCAGGUUCUGCUCCACUGGGGAUAUUUUCCAGACAGCUAUGACACCUGGAUCCCGGCCAGUGAGAUCGAGGCUGCGGUGGAGGAUCCUCCCAGCCCAGAAAAGCCCAGAAAGGUUCACGCAAAGUGGAUUUUAGACCUCGACCAGUACAACGAGUGGAUGAACGAGGAAGACUAUGAGGUGGGAGACGGCUGUCCAAAGAGGAAGAGGAUCUCUGCCAAGACGCUGACUGAUGAGGUGACGACACCAGAUGAGCGAAGGGACAAGAAACCCGGCAGUGCCAAGAAAAGAAAGCGAUCGCCGUCACCUUCACCAACCCCUCCGCCUCAAGAGAGCAAGAAAAAGAACACCAAAAAAGGGCCGACGACCCCGUACACCAAGUCUAAACGAGGGCAGAGGGAGGAGGAGCAGGAGGAGCUGUCCAAGGAUCUGGAUGAAGCCUCACCUGCUCCUGCAUCUGAAGAGGGAAACACAGCAAAGACAAACAACACCAAGAAGGACUCUGAAUCGACCCCAGUAAAGGGAGGCACUGACAUGGACGAACAAGAAGACGAGUCGAUGGAGACAACAGGAAAGGAAGAGGAGGAGGGCAGCCCCAGUGUGAAGGGCGAACCGGUGAAGAGCUCCGACCUUCAUGAGGACAACGUGACGGAGCAAACUCACCACAUCAUCAUCCCCAGCUACGCCGCCUGGUUCGACUACAACAGUGUUCACGCCAUCGAGCGGCGAGCCCUGCCCGAGUUUUUCAACGGGAAGAACAAAUCUAAAACCCCCGAGAUUUAUCUAGCAUACAGGAACUUCAUGAUUGACACCUAUCGACUGAACCCUCAGGAGUACCUGACCUCCACCGCCUGCCGCAGAAACCUGGCAGGAGACGUGUGUGCCAUCAUGAGAGUUCAUGCUUUUCUGGAGCAGUGGGGACUGAUCAACUAUCAGGUGGACUCAGAGAGUCGGCCCACGCCAAUGGGACCCCCGCCGACCUCUCACUUCCACGUCCUGGCGGACACUCCUUCAAGUCUGGUGCCCCUGCAGCCCAAAACAUCCCAGGUUUCUAAAUACUCACAUGUAAACAUGCAAACGGAGAUUGCUGUGUUAUUUUAUAUUCUUGCUCUUUCACUGCAACCUCCUCAGACCCCCGCCACCCAGCCGAUGAUAUCAUUCCCAGACAAGGUGAAGGAGAAGCCCACAGAUCUGCAAAACUUUGGGCUGCGGACCGACAUGUACAGCAAGAAGACUGGAUCUGCUAAGAGCAAGAGUGGAGCGAGCUCUAUGAGGGAGUGGACAGAGCAGGAAACACUACUACUACUUGAGGGGCUGGAGAUGUAUAAGGACGACUGGAACAAGGUCUCUGAACACGUGGGCAGCCGUACACAAGACGAGUGCAUCCUGCACUUCCUGCGGUUGCCGAUCGAAGACCCGUACUUGGAGGAAAGCUCGUCUACUCUGGGCCCCCUGGCCUACCAGCCCGUUCCGUUCAGCCAAGCAGGAAACCCCGUCAUGAGCACCGUGGCCUUCCUGGCUUCUGUAGUUGACCCACGCGUGGCCUCAGCUGCGGCCAAAUCCGCUCUCGAGGAGUUCUCCCGGAUGAAAGAGGAGGUUCCUGCAGCGCUUGUCGAGGCUCACGUACGGCGGGUGGAGGAAGCGGCGAGAGUGAGCGGCCGACAGGAUCCCCUGUAUGGCCUGGAGGGAAGCGGCAUCGCAGGGACCGGCCUGGAGGAGGGAGACAGGCCCGAUGAAAGCAGCGAUGAAAGCAAGAGUGACAGUCAUUCGAGUGAGGAGAAAAGAGAUGCUAAGGAGAGCAAAGAUGGAGCGAUGGAGGAGGAAGAGAAGCAGGUGGAGAAUGGGAAGAAAGAAGAAGAAAGAGGAAGAGAAGCUGAAGGCGAGAGAGAGGCAGAUAAAACAGAGCCUGAGAUGGGUGAUGGUGAGAAGGAGAAGGAUGCUAAGGAGGGGACAGAGGAGGGACAAAGAGAAGGAGAGAUGGAAGGAGAGAGGAAGGCUAAAGUUGAGCGCGAUGUGGGAGAGGGAAACCUGGCAACUGCUGCCGCCUCCGCGUUAGCAGCUGCUGCCGUCAAAGCCAAGCAUUUAGCUGCAGUGGAAGAGAGGAAGAUCAAAUCGUUGGUGGCUCUGCUGGUGGAGACCCAGAUGAAGAAGCUUGAGAUUAAACUGCGACACUUUGAAGAACUGGAAACUAUCAUGGACAGAGAGCGGGAGGCUCUGGAGUACCAGCGGCAGCAGCUGCUGGCUGAUCGCCAGUCCUUCCACAUGGAGCAGCUGAAGUACGCUGAGAUGAGGGCCCGUCAGCAGCACUUCCAGCAGAUCCAGCACCAGCAGCACAGCCAGGCCGGAGGCCCUCACUCCAACCAGGCGGCCUCGGCUGCACCGCCUCAAGGCCCCAGUGCCAGUCAGCCAGCUCCCAGCACACCAGCUCCACAGGCGGCCCCCAGUCCUGCCCCACCAGCUUCUUCUGCCCCGGCCCCCGAGUCCCAACCUGCAGCAGGCACUCACACGUCAUCUCCCUGCCCCUCAGGCCAGCCCCCGGCGCCUCACUCCAGCUCCAGCACUACACCCGUACACCACGAGCCCAGCGCUCCUCACCAAGGUGAGUCACUCCACCCGUCAGCUCCUGUUCCUGCACCACAGUGAGAAAAACACCCAUAAAUUGCCUGCGAAUCCAAAUGACUGACCAUUUUGACGCCUGCCGAUAUCUGAAAUGAAGAAGUCACCAACAGAUGGAUGAGAAGACAUUUCACAUGUUUAGUUUUUGUUUUUCUACAAGGCAAUCGAUGUGAAGAUCAAAAUGUAAAUGAAUCCACCUCUUUGUUUGAAAGUAAGUCGUUUUAAAACACAACUGACUCUCUUAAGGGAAAACUGAUUUUAAUCUUUUGCUGCUGACCAAAAGGCAGCGAGGCGAGUUCACGGUAAACACCUUACUCAGCUUCGCCAACGUGUCAGAGCGUAGGAGAACAAAAGCUUCCUGUUGUUUCAUUUAAUGUUCUGCAACAUUUUGCGAUAGCUCAUGAAGCCUCAUAGUUCAUCCAGUGGCCCUGCCUCCUUGUACUUUAGGUACGUUUUAAAAAAACAUACAUGUAUGUAAAGGAAAAGCACUUUUCUCCUUGAAAGUCUCACCGAAAGACUUGAAGCAUCUGUCGUAUUGAACUCUAGCACUUAUAUCUUUGUUUUGUGGUCUUAAAUACUUCAACCAACAGGAAGUUUCAAACUUACUCAUGGUUCUUUAGAUCCACUUGUGUUUACGUCGCGUGGAUAAGUCGUGUCUACAGGGUUGAACCUGAAGGUUACAUGACUGAGAGUCUGUAAUGAAGGAAGAGAUUUAAAUCGCUAAAUUAGCUGAUCUAAGCUGUUAAGGAAAGCGUACUGUAAACUGGAUUAUCUGUUACAAACAUCUAUUUUGUAUCCAGUUAUGAUGCUGUGGAAACUUAAAGUACAGCCUGAAGUCCUGAAAAGACUUUUCUUUGAUUUUUUUUUUCUCGUUUAAACUCCCAUCAUGCCAGCAGGACUUAGAGUAAAACCUUUCAGUGUGGAUGAACUCUAAGCAUCCAGUCAAAAAAUGUUCACUUAUAGCAACUACAUGCAAAACAGUAUUAGAUGCUGUGUUAUGUAAACCAAAAUAUUUUUUCUUUUAUGAUGGUUGCUUGGGAUUGCAUAUGGGAUUUUUUUGUUGUUGUUUUUUUUAACAACUUUUGUUUUUUCAUACAAAACAUUGGAAGAAACUCCAAUGCUGUCAAAAACAAGGGAACACCUUAAAACUCUCUAGCAGAGAAUCCUUGAAAUCCGUAACAGUGUUUUCACUUUAUAUCCUGUCGAUUUUUUAUAUUUUUUUACAUGUAAUUUUUCCAUAUUUUUCCUUUGAUAUGUCAACAUUGUAACUGUAUAUUAUUAUCUUUGUAGCCUGUAUCUACCUUUGCCAUCUUCGUGUGCGAUCUGGACUGUUUUUGCCGGAUCUGUCAGAGACGUGACUGUGAUCAUGUGUGCCCACGCCAUUAAGACUUGUAAACAACAUUACUUUUCAGUUGUUUAAUUUUAAUUUUUUUAUUAAGUGCCAUCAGUCGUGUGAUCACCAAGUUUGGAAAGCUUAAAAAAGAACAAAAAACGUUUUUGCUCCACACACUCAACACGUCACAUCAGUGUCAUGAUAUAUAAUCCAGUCAGAUGGUGAACGUUUGCAGUUAAUGUCCAUCUAGCCAGUAUUGCAGUCCUCACCUCCGCCGUGAGCAUAAAUGGACAUCUUUUAUCUGUGUUAUUACUACAUUGUGUGAAUUUUGUGAUAUGAAAUAAGUGUCAGCUCAGUUUCUGUAUGUUUUUCACUUCGCUCAAGGUAGCAGCAAGUGCGGUAUUAUACAGUAGACAUGAGUUGUUUUUUUUCCUCUGUAAAUCAUCACAUUAGUGCUGACAGUUUAUUAAAAAAAAAAAAA